GUUCGAACGGCGCGCACGCGUUUAAAAUUUGGUAUUGACGGCAUUUAAAAAAAAUCGAAUUUCGAAUUCUAUUCGUGUUGUAUGCCAGUGUGUUUUGUUUAGAGGUGAUUUUCUGUGUUCGAUUUGUAAAUUCGUAACGGUUUUUUUAGUUUUGAAUAGUAAAACGUAAAUAGGUUGUGUUUCGUCAUUGGUGGGGAUAUUAUUUUUAGCAUUUAGCUUGUUAAAGCUGUUGGUGUGAUGUGAGACGGAUCUUAAUUUAGCAGUGCACAUGAGUGUGAAUGCAGUAACCGUCAGCAGUAAUUAAAAUAAAAUGAAAAAGAAGAGAAAACCAAUAUCGGAGUAAAACUUAAGAAACCAAAAAUAAUUUAAAAAGCAUUUAUUUAAGAUAAAAACUGCAUGGUGUAAACGGACUUUAUCCAGACAGAGACUGGUAGUGAAUUAAAAAAAUAAAAAUUAAAAAGAAUAACGUCAAAUACAACUCACUCGUAUUCAUAAACAAACUUCAAACCAUUUUUGAAAUCGGAACACAAAUAAGUAAUCGACGUUUAAAAGGUGAUCGCUUUUGUUUACACAUUUUUAGGACUGCCGCCUUUUUAUGUUUAUUUAACGUUUAAAGUAUUUUCGAAAAACAGUGGGAGUGCAAAUAUUUGUUUUAUAAACGUACUUGAUAUAUCGAACUUUGAAAACGUUAUUGAAAAAGCAAAAGCGCGGGAAAGUGAAUGACAGUUCGUGCAGUUAGUGGGAAAUCCGCCAACUUUGUUAGUUUUUCUCCGAAAUUGGUGUGAAAUUGCAUCAAAGUGGCUGGAGACGAGCAUUUGGACAUGUUGGGGGGCCCCGAAUGGGGUCAGCGGGAGUCGAGCCCCCCAAGAGAUGCUCCCCUGCCGAGUUUCGGCUUCACACAGGAGCAAGUCGCGUGCGUUUGUGAGGUGUUACAACAGGCUGGUAACAUCGAGCGACUCGGCCGGUUCCUCUGGUCGCUGCCGGCGUGUGAACGACUCCAUGCUCAUGAAUCAGUCCUUAAAGCAAAGGCUAUGGUGGCCUUCCACAGAGGGAACUUUAAGGAGCUGUAUAGACUGCUGGAGUCACACACCUUCAGUCCUCACAAUCAUCCUAAGCUGCAGAGCUUAUGGCUUAAAGCACACUAUAUGGAAGCGGAGAGGUUACGAGGCAGGCCGCUGGGUGCCGUCGGCAAGUACCGCGUGAGACGCAAGUUCCCUCUGCCUCGAACCAUCUGGGAUGGAGAGGAAACUUCAUAUUGUUUUAAAGAAAAAUCCCGGUCAGUGCUUCGUGACUGGUAUCUGCACAACCCUUACCCCUCGCCUAGAGAGAAGAGGGAGCUAGCGGAAACCACAGGACUCACCACUGUACAAGUUUCGAAUUGGUUCAAGAACCGACGACAGCGAGACAGGCAAGCAGAACAUAAAGACAGCGGAGGUGCAGGUGACAAGCAGCUAGACUCUUCAACCGACGACGACAGCGAUGCGCCGGCGCACGGGCCAGCACCGCACGCGCUACCUGCGCACGCGCCGCAACCACUCUACCCACUCUACGAGCAUCCUUUAGCGCAUCUCCAGUACCAUCAUACGUGACCCUUCGAUUACCAGUAAUGCCACGAGAUAAAAUGAGAACAAGCGAUUAUUUUGAAACAAUUAAUUCGAUGAUUCCUUGUAUUUUAAUUACUUAAGAUUUCAAUUAGGUACCUAUCUGACCUCAAUCUAAAAUCUGUAGGUUAUGAUCGAUUUUCGCCUUUAAUCGUAUUGAGUA